AUGGGACAUAGACUAAAGCGUAGACUAAGGCUUAGCCUAGAGCUUUAGGCUAAGACUGAGGCUAGGGCUGAGGCUAGGACUGAAGCUAGGCCUGAGGCUAGACCUGAGGCUAGGGCUGAGGCUAGACCUGAGGCUAGGGCUGAGGCUAAGCCUGUGGCUAAGCUUGAGACUAGGCCUGAGGUUAGGCCUGAGGCUAGGGCUGAGGCUAGGUCUGAAGCCAAGCCUGAGGCUACGCCUGAGACUAGGGCUGAGGCUAAGCCUGAGGCUCAAGCUGAGGCUAAGGCUGAAGCUAGGGCUAAGGCUAGGGCUGAGGCUAAGGCUAAAGCUUGGACUGAGGCUAGGGCUGAGACUAGGGCUGAAGUUAGGCUUGAGGCUAAAGCUGAAGAUAGGCUUGAAGCUAAGGCUGAGGCUAAGCCUGAGGCUAGGGCUGAAGCUAAGCCUGAGGCUAGGCCUGAAGUUAGACCUGAGGCUAAAGCUGAAGAUAGGCUUGAAGCUAGGGCUGAGGCUAAGCCUGAGGCUAGGGCUGAGGCUAAGCCUGAGGCUACGCCUGAGACUAGAACUGAGGCUAAGCCUGAGGCUAAAGCUGAAGCUAAGACUGAAGCUAGGGCUAAGCCUAGGGCUGAGGCUAAGGCUUGGACUGAGGCUUGGGCUGAGGCUAGGGCUGAGGCUAGGACUGAAGCUAGGACUGAGGCUAGUGCUGAGGCUAAGCCUGAGGCUAGGGCUGAGGCUAAACCUGAGGCUAGGGCUGAGACUAAACCUGAGGCUAAACCUGAGGCUAAAGCUGAGGCUAGAGCUGAAGCUAGUACUAAGGCUAGGACUAGGAUUUAG